AUGGACCACAUCGUCAACGAUAUAAAUCUAUCAGUGCCGUACCUUGUACAGGCGCCAUAUUGUGGGGAUGACUACCAUUCCUUCCCCGAACGAGAGGGAUGGGCAUUGGGCGAAGAUGGCCUCUGGAGCCGGAUCGGAGCUGCAGAAGUCGCUGGGGGCCCCAACGAUCAAAGCUCCCUCGAGGCAUUUCUUCAAUCCUGGCUCUUUUUUGGUCUUCUUACCGAAGUUGUUGGUAGCAUCACCAUUGAAGAUUUCAUGUAUCAGAGCAGCCAUGGAGACUGGUAUGUUACGACGGAGAAGCUACCUCAGUAUCUCUCGUCUUGGGCUGCCCCAAUCACUCUUCAGCCAUCCGAACACAUCAAGCCGUUACUGAAGGCUCACCUGGCACUAGACAAGACCUAUUCCUUGGUCUCAAAAUACUGCGCAUCAAAGGAUGGCUCUGCAAAACCAACUUGGAGUAUAAAUUCGCGUCUCGCCCUCUCUUUCAUGAUACUGGGAGAAACGCUAUGCCACGCCAUGCGCAAAGUCGUUCUGUCUGCGAAGAUUACAAUAAGAGGCUUUUUCGAGAGUAUGAGUCUCGGGUGGGGUUACAGCGACUCCCUGCUGAGGUCGAUGAGGAAUGAUGGCUGGUGUUUGUAUUCGUUGCAAGUCUUGCUAGGGGAUCUUCAGCAAAGUACUUGCGGACAACUCUAUGCGAAACACAUAUCGCACCCAAGAGAUCUGGGGCUUGAUCACACAGACUGUUCGUCUUAUUAUUGUGGAGCGCGAGAGAGUCGUGCAUAUCGCCAGAAACACUGGAACACUGACGGUGUCUGCAAUUGUGCACUUGUUGGCGUUGAUAUGGCAGGACUGAUCGGCGUCCUUGAGCGAGGAAGUACACCUAUCUUGAAAUAUGAUCAACAAAAUCAGAGCGUCAGCGUUGUGGAGUAUAAGCCGGGGAUGAGCUAUGCCAUUAUAUCUCACGUUUUUGCUGAUGGAUUCGCGAAUGGCUUUACUAAUGCACUCCGAUCUUGUCACCUGAGAAGAUUCGUCGAGGUAUUUGGGAGGUUGGCAGCCCUUGACCGGGCGCUGUCUUUUGCGCAUGGUUCAACCGCGUUACAUACACCAUCGUAUUUUUGGGUUGAUGCUUUAGCAAUACCACUGGGACGGUCGAACCAGCGGAUACGCCAAAAAGCGGUCAGAAAUAUGCAUCUCAUGUAUAGGAAUGCAUCGUGCACUAUUGUCUUCGAUGCAGGACUCAUGGUUCAAGCUCGCGGGAAUUCGUACUCCGAGACCGCCAUGAAGAUCGCCACAAGCUAUUGGAUGACUAGACUUUGGACGUUGCAAGAAGGAUAUUUGAGUCGGCGUCUGCUCUUUGUGUUUAACGACGCCCUAGUAGACAUGGACACUCUUGAGGGCACUUUCCCGGACGAGCUUGCGAAUCCAAUUCCGACAGUCGCACGAUGCUAUUACAAUGCACUACUCGGACCAGAAAGAAGAGCAAUACAAGAAAGUGUCGAACUACGACCGAGUUCACAAUUCCUCACCGCUUUAUGGAAUGCUUUGAAGCGAAGGACUGCGAGUGUUGCACGGCACGAACCGCUGGCAAUUGCGACCAUGCUGGGUCUAGAUACUGAGCUCUUUGAAGACGUUGACUUCAAUCCUUCCAGAGAAUCAAUCGAGUUGGACUUGCUCAUGGGGCGACAAAUGAGCAGUCUCCUGAAGAUGAUAGCUGCAACUUCCUAUUACAAGAUCCCUGCGGGCUUGAUCUUUGCGCCUUGCCCAAAGCUCACGGAGAAAGGUUUAUCUUGGGCCCCUGCCUCAUGGCUCACAGUCUCCGACGUCAAGUUCAGCACCCUUGCCAAAAAGCAGCAACAGGGCAAGUUGACAUCUGACGGGUUAGAAGUAACUUUCCCUGGCUUCAAACUUCACAGCAUUGCCAACACGGAGACAGAAAGUCAAGCAAUCGAUGAGCUCUUCUUCACACCCGACUCCUCCUUGGAGCACUGGAUCGUGGUUCAUGCUAGAGACUUAUACAGGUGGACUAGAUUGCAAAAACUGCAACUGGCCAUCAUCACAGAAACCAUUCCAGUGACGAAAAAGGAGCAGGUCGCGUUGGUAGUGAAUAUCAUUGGAAGUUCAAGUCAGACCAUACAUGCGCGGAUCCUGAGCACAGCAAAUCUCCGCCUGAUCGUGGGCUUUCACAAGAUACAAAGGCUGCAGCAGGAGUUGAGAGCUGGACUUCCAAGCACAUUCAUAGGUGAAACCGUUGGCCAUGAUCAGUCCUGGUGCAUUGACGGCAGCAACCCCGUACAGAAUCAACAAAAUCCCAGCAGCACAACGAGUCGUAUUGUAGGCCUACUGACUAAAAUGCAUCUUUUCGCGGGAAUCCAGAGUCGUUUCGCCUCUGCGGGAAAACCACUUUGA